CAGAGCCGGUCUCUGCAGCAGCUCAUCACACCCAAACUAAAGUCGUUUCAAAGUAAGCCACGAGAUGGCGUAGUAGAUGUCAUUGUGCUACGUCCUCCCAUGUGCAAGGUGUCGCUAUUUAUUUUUUUCAUCGCUGGUGUCCUGCAGCUCAUUUUACUCCGGUGCUGGCAAUGCGAUUUUCCAAUAUGGCAGAUGUGAAAGGGCUGUAUUAGUAAACUGCACAGGAAGAAUGAGAGAAGUUUCAAUGCCUGCACAGGAAUAAAAAAAAAAAAUCUCUUGACAAAAACGGUUGGCAGCGAGAAGCAAGUUGAGAACCAGACACAUGAUUAGAAAAAUCAUUAUACAGUACACAAAACAAACGGUACAGCGUAAUAAAGCUGCCCUACCUAGUUCAACAACUAAAGUGGGUUUUUUUAAUGACAUUAUUUAAUUUCGUGUUUUGUGGCUUCUGUUGUUUCGACUCUCCCGUGAUGUGCGCUGCUGUGCCCCGGGAGCGCCUCAUUGCUGCUUCCCGACAGUACCUUCGCACAGGGAAGAAAGGCUUGCCCCCCGCCGUCAGCUUGAACCUCGCCGCCCAAAUCCUCGCUGUGGAUGCGGGGUUAAAACCCGCCUUGCUUUACGACUGCAACACCGCCGGAGCUGAGCAAAUGCGACUUUACCUCCAAACGCUGCUGGAUACGGGCUUCUUAAAUCAACCUCCAUACGUCUUGGACAUAGAUGGCAGCGUCUUUAUCAUCAACAAGCAGCUUACAAUCCGUCGGUUAGAAAACAUACCGCUUAAAAAACAAGCAACGGUCAUCGACGUGUCCCGGUGUCGGGGUCAGCCUGCCGUGGCGGACGCGGGCGUCAGAAGAGCCGUUGAGGGACGAGUAACGGUUUUUGUGGAUUAUUUAAAAAAUUUGAACUGGGACGGCAAGCUGGGCGUGGCCCCGAGCGCGCGCCUCCCAGAACAGUUGACCUCGAGAUGGAACCUGUGCACGCUCUUCGGUUUGUUGCUAGGCUACCCGGCGGCCUACUGGUUUGAUAACGAGAGAAGCUUUGAGAAUUGCCUGAGCAUGACCCCGCUUCGUGUCACCUCCGUGUCCGCCGCCUGCCCUUUGAUUACAGGGGGGCCUCCGGUCCGGCUGUACUCGUUCACUGUCCCCGAGGCUCUUGGGACGGAGACGCAGGGCUUAAUGGACACCUGGACCCAGGAUCUAGAAGACCAGUUCCGACAGCAGUCCGUUUUUACACACCUGAGCAUCAAUACUGAGACGGUUGCUUUACCAGCAGUAGCUCUGUGAAAGGAAGGGAUGUGAGCCACGCAGGUCGAAAAACAAGGAUUCCUUAAAUUAACUCGAAGCUUACAUGGUUUAAUUCGAGGUCUCAAACGUUUACACUUUUAUUUUUUCCUUUUUAGAAAACAGUGCUGAUGCUAAAUAAAUGUGGAUAUUUAUUGUGUGUGACCUCAUCCUGUUUAAGGGAUCUGUAUACCGCACAGGAAUGGAAAUGGACUCCUACUGCAUAGCAGUGUCACCAUUUCCAGCUUGAUUAGCCACACAGUGUGUAGGUAACAAGUUCAGGUGUGUCUUAUUAAACUUCAUAGUAAAACCAGUACAAUAAUAAAAUCAGAAGACUGCGUCUCUACUGCUUGUGCGAUUUAAUAAAACAAAUGAAGCCAUUGCAGUUACCAGUGGACACUGUAUAUUUUUAUUUUUGAACACGUUACAAAACGACAGUACAAAAGUAUUGAAACAACCACGGCACCUUCACAAAACCGGUGCUUUUGGCAAUAGAAUACAAGACUAGAUAAAAAUAAAAAUGUGAGGCUUGUAAAUAAUGCUCUAGAAACAAGAAGGCACACCUAAAACAGGGUCUUUGUGAACUGCCAAAAGCAAGUAACUUUAAUAGUUUUAAGUCUUUGGGAUCUUCUGUCUCUUUGAAUAAUGUCAGCCCAUGAAAAAUACUUUAUAUCAAAGAGAUGGUCUUUCUGGAAGCAUGUGAAUGGUUGAUUCAGUGUACCUAUUCAAACAGGGCAGGCAUGGCUAUAAGACUCCCAUUGCAUAGCAGGUUUUACUAUGUUGCCUAUACCUGAGCUUGUUACCUAUACACUGUGGCUAACCAGGCUUCAAGUAAAACCUGGAAUGAGUGACACUACUAUGCAAUAGGAGCCUUACUUUCAUCCCUGCAAUCUAUACACUAGCCCUUCAAUGUAUUCUCUCUGGGAGGGGCGUUUCCCAAAUGACCACAAUGAUGUCACUUGUGGCGCCCCUAUAUUAGUUUAAUUAAGCUACUAAGUUCAAUAUAGAGAAUCUGAGCAAUCCUCAUUGCAGAGAGGGUGUGGGGGAGGGACACAAGCUAAUGAAUGUCAGUCGAGAUGUUUCAGGAAGGUCCCAAUAACCGUUACACUGGGAGUCGCUGUGCAGUGUGGCUGUAGAGCUUUCACAAGGUGAGCCACGUGGGACUGUGUUUGACAUGUCAGUUUAAAUACUGGUUUAAUCGUCUCUCUAACAAUCUAAAGAG